GACGUGUUUGAUUUAGAAGUGGUAACAUCUGGCCACGCACUUUAUUUUAUGGGGUGGUAUCUAUUCCUCAAGCACAGAUUUGCAGAAAGAAUUGGCAUGGACGAGUACAAAUUUCGUAGUUGGCUAAUCAAGAUUGAAUCAGGGUACAGAAGAAGCAAUGUGUAUCACAAUUCUACUCAUGCAAUCGACGUUGCCCAUUCCCUAAACUACUUUACAACACAACCAAAGAUUAGACAGAUGCUAAAAGUGGAUGAAGAGUUGGCUGUAUUGAUUGCACCCAUUAUUCAUGACUACAUGCAUCCAGGCGUCAAUAAUGCUUUUUUGAUGGCCACAUCGAAUGCUUUGGCAUUGAGAUAUAAUGACCAAUCCAUUUUGGAGCACUUCCACUGCGCAUCAUUAUUUGAAAUGACUAGCAACAAAGAGCUGGAUAUUUUUUCGUCAUUAUCACUGGAUCAACGCAAGUCUGUGAGAGAAAUGGUUAUAUCAAUGGUGUUGGCUACAGAUAUGGCGUUUCAUUUUGAUUGGAUCGGAAAGUUUAAAAGCAAGUUAAAUGGCGCUGGGUUUAAUUUUGAGACCAAAUCUGACAAGAAGAUUAUUCUAAAUAUGGCCAUCAAGUGUGCAGAUGUCAACAACUCUGCCAAAUCACAAAUAUGCUCAAGGCGCUGGACUCAACUUAUCAUGGAGGAAUUUUUCAGACAAGGCGAUGAAGAAAAAGCACGUGGAAUGCCUAUAUCUACUUUUAUGAACCGCGAAACAACCGAUGUCCCCAAAUGUCAGCUUGGUUUUAUCGAUUUUAUUGUCUUUCCAUUAUACGAGACUUGGUCAGGAUAUAUGAAGGAAGACGUAGAUUUUCAUAUUAAAAAUAUCCAGGCCAACAAAGCAUUUUGGAAAUCA